AUGAGUAAUACUGCAACAACUAGUGACGCUUCUGCCAAACCAGUAAAAAUAAAUAAAUGGGAUACAAAUGCUGUAAAAAAUGCAUUAGAUGAUGCAUGCAAGAAGUACUUCAAAGAGACUUUAAAUUUUACAGAAGAUUAUUCAUUAAUGGACGGUCGUCUUUAUAUAUCAUUGUUUGCAUGUUUAUUUUCAAUAUAUGCUUUAAUUUAUGAUUGGUUUUAUCCAUUUCCAAAAUCUCGUUCAAUUCUGAUUGUUUGUGUAAUCUCUUAUUUUAUUGUCAUUGGUAUUCUCACAUUAUAUAUGUACUUUAUUGAACAUGGUAAAAUUUUUAUUGGUAAACUUAUUGAUAAAACUGGUCUUGAUUCUGGAUUACGAUGUACAAUAAGUUCUAAACUGAAAAAAUAUGAUGAUAAAUAUAAUUUAACUUUAGAAUAUAAGGAAGGUACAAAUAAAUCAACAGGUUCAUCAGGAGCAUUAAUUACUUCUAUAGGCAACUAUUUUGAUGAGGAUGGUGUUUUAUGUUAUGAUCGAUUUACAAAUGAUUUAAAAAAGAUUUCUGAUCAAGCACGAUUAAAUGCUCGCAAAGCUAAAUAA